AAUUUGCUAAAUGUGGAAAGUUGCAUUUGACUGUGUGUCUUAAUUACAUUAUAUUGAUAAGGAAUUAUUUUAACCUUCAUAGUCUUUUCAAUUGGAUUUACAGGAAGGAAAUAGAGAAAAAUAAACCACAGUUGUGUGUUGUUUCCUUAAGUCUUCUGUCUGACCAUAAAUAAUAUAAUAUUUUACUUUCCAAGAGCAAAGAUAGUAACAUUGAGGCAUGGAAGGGCAACACUCUCAUAUUUUCAUAUUUUGCCUUUAUGGGAACUCUUUUCAUGGAAUAUCUUGGGUUGGAAAGGACCACUAGGGCUCAUUGAGCCCGUCUCAACUGUGAUUUCAUGUUGUGGUCAAUCUCAUAAAAAAUUCUUGUGUCAGAGAAAUGCAGAUUGUUCCUGAUAAAUCAUCACACUAGAGAGGAUUUUCUUGACUUUCUGUGGUCUAUUGGCUCAGUUGUAAUUCAGAUCAUCAAAGUUAGAGGCCUAAAUAUCUAUAUUAUCAAUGGGAUUAGAGAGAUGCUUACAAUGAGCAGUUUAGACCAGCUGUUAGAGUCACCUGAAAUUCCUACAGGAGGAAGUAGGAAUAUGUUUAAUGGAAAUUGGCAGUGCCAAGACUUUCUCCUACCUAGGUUUGUUACCAUUUUUGUUACCAUUUUUAUUUUUUUUGGCUCAUUUUGAGUCCAGAAAUUAAACUCACCUUUUGAAAAAAACCCUCUUGUAAAUGAAUUCUUCAUAAUAUGAAAUACUACUAAAAUGUAAAACAGGAUAUUUGGGUAUUUCCAAACUUUAAGUCUACAGUGUAUGCAGUUGGAGAGGCAUAUUGUUUGAUUUUUUCUGGUUUUGGGGUUUUUUUCACUUUCAUAACCCCUAAGAAUAGCAUAAUAAAUGACAUGUCUGUUACUGUAGGUAACAUUGGCUUUUAGAUUUAAUAAGAACCAAGUUUAAUUGACAGUAUGGCAAAUUCCAUUCAUAAUACUUCUUUUUUUUCCUUUUCUGUACUGCAUCUGUAGCUGAAUGUGAAAAAAACCCAAAACAGCUAAACAAUCUGAAUUCACAAGUAUCCACAAUUAUCAAGUUUUUUUUGUCAUAAGACUGGGGAAUAGCUGACAGACUUCUGCCAGAAAUAUGUAAGAACAGCCUGGAGCGCCUAAAAGAAAUACUCCUUAGUUAUUGAUGCCUGUUUAAAAAAAAAAAAUAUUAAAGGAAUUAUUAAGAAAAAAAAUUCCAACAUCUGCUGGCUGAGGGGCUGCUUUCUACUGAAAACAGCCCAAAGAUUAAAAUUUGAAGCAACAUGUAAGAAAUUCCAUUUAUUAAAUGCAGUAAUGCUAAUUAAUUCUUCAUGUAUAUAGGCUCAGCUGAAAUUGAUAAAAAAUCUUGAAUUAACGUUAAAACGUGCAGUUCAUUUGGGAGAUCCUGGUGUGAUUCAGGUUGUUUGUGCAACCCAGUGGAAUCUGUGCUUACCAUUACUACAACACAAUUUGCAUCAACAUGUGCGAAAGCCACUGAUCUCAGUUGCUGAUGUCCUUGAAAAGAUUGACAGUUCAUAUGGAAAUAGCUCGUAUUGAAGAAGAUGGGGAUAGACUAGAGGCUGCUCUGGAACAUGUGCAAAAAGCUAUGCACCUGAACAACAAUGGACAGUAUCAAGAACAUCUAAGGCUGUGUUUUAACCGCCUUCGUUUGAGUGUCAUGCUGUACGAGCCACCUGAGCAUCUAGAGGAUCAGGCGUUAGUGCUGAUUGAACAGGCUAAAAGGGGGAACCAAAAGGAUAAUGCAAGGAAAAUGAGAUCCCUUCUGGUAAAUGCAGGUCUUGCAUUAGCUCCUGACACGUUUCAAAUAGUCCUUGACAGUGAAAAUGAAGCUAAAGUUUCCUCAGGUAAAAGUAGUAGUCAAAUAAGCUACCUCUGUGCAAAAGCCCAACAUCAUACUAAAAGUGUGGAGAAAGUUGAUGAACAUCUGAAACACUUAAGAAAUGAAAAUGGCAGAGAAAGAAUUAUACUUUGGGCAGAUUUGGCAAAAGUUGCAUGCAAACAGGAAGUGUGGGAUGUCUGUCGUGCAGCAUGUAGAUUUUGUCUCUUGUAUGAUGAUAUUUUGUUUAGGGAGGCAACAAAGCAUAAAAAAGCACAGAAGAACAACACUAAUCCAACUAUGAUGAUCGAUGGUCAAGGUGACAGCUCAUCAGGAGAAUCAUUGCUGCCUGCUAAAUCCUUCUCUUUUGAAGCAGAUUUGCUCAGAAUACUAGCAGAAAUAAGAUUUAUUAAUGCAGAGGCAACUGUUCAUUUAUUAAGAUUGCAGGGAAUCAAACUGAAUGAUCAUGCUGUUCCUCCAGAAGCUAUGUACCAAUGUCAUCCAGGAUAUGUUUCAUAUCUUCCUGAAAGUGAUCCAGAAUGGAAAACGCACAGUUUAUGGAUAGACAGCUUAUCUCGUUAUGCUAUGGAAAACUUCCAGCGUGCAGCUGAAAUAGGAGAAGAAUUGAAUGAUGCCUGGAUUGUUCACAAUGCUGUGGUGUAUGUCUUAAAUUAUAACAGACAUCUGAUUUCUUCAGGAAGACAGAGGGACAUUAUUGAGUAUCUGCAGACUCUUCUUGGAGCCAUCAAGACUGUUGGGCACAAUGGAAGUAUUGAAAUUUUACUGAUGUUAUGUAAUGCUUUGGCUCGAGGCCUAAUUAUUUCUUGGAUUCCAAAGCCAAAACCUGCUGAGAAGAAAGAAGAUAUGGCAAUAGAGAGUUGCAGAAAAGCUCCAGAAAAAAAACAGGAAAAAGCAAAUAUCAUCCAGACUCUUUCAGUAGAUCCUAAUGGACUUCCUGACAUCAAAGCUGCCUUAGAGAUUUGUGAAUUUGCCCUAAAUGCAAUGAGUGGAACCAUGUGUAAGGAAAAAGUCUCUAUUGCUGCACAACAACAGAUCAUUGCUACAUGGGUGAAAGCAAAGCAGUUAAAUCAGCAGCAGAUCAGACAUCAACUUUGGAUGCAGGAGGAGGAUAAUAAUGAAGCACAAAAUCUUCUGGCAAGAAUUCUUGUUGGUCUGGAAAUGUAUUCAUGCAAUGGCUUGGGUCUCAUGGAUUUCACUGUUCCUACCUUAGCUCAGUUGGUGAAUUUGGCUUUAGAAUGCAGUUGGUCAGAUUCCUUAGUGGAAUUGCAGACACUGACACGACUUACAUAUUUUGCAUAUGUAUCACAAGACUAUGAAACAGUGAUGGCUUGUUCCAAAAGGAUCUUGGAAUCAGAUGAGAAUUUUGUCCACAGUAGAAAUAUUAAGAAAUGUUAUGGCAUGCUUGGUAACAGUGUGAGACAAGAAAUGUUAAGCACUACAGCCUGUAUACAAGGGAAGAGCAUAAUGGAAAAUUUGUCUGGAAGAAAACAUCUGCGUGUAGCAGCAUCAAAAACCUUUGUUCAGAGUGCCAGGUAUGCAGGUGAAGCUGGAAAUUAUUCCCUUGUAAUGUUUGCAGCUAGGCACUUUUGGAAUGCAUGCUUACCUUUGCUAGGCUCACCACAUGACAGAGAACAGUUUAAAGAACCUACUGAAAUAGUUCUUAAGAAUAUAGUUAAAGCAGAAUCUAAAAACAAACAGGAAAAGAAAGAUACAUGUCCUUUGCAUCAGUGGAUUACAAAGGAUUUUCAAAAUAUUGGGUUAUCAGUUGGAUGCUUUCUCCCAGGUGCUGAGGAAGAUCUGACAUUAAGAACCUCCUUAUAUGGUCUAUUAUUCCACAUCUAUGCUGAUAAAGCUGACUGGGAAACAGCACUAAAAAUCCUGGAUGAAGCUAUUCAAGUUUUGCCUCAGACAAGACACAAACUCCUGAUUUUCAAACUUAUGGCUACAGUGAGGGCAGGAUCAGGAUGCAAUUUCAUGAUGGCCAUUCAGAAACUCAGUCAUGAAAGUGAAGAUUAUUUGUCACAUAUGUGGCGACACCUGGUAACAGUCUCCAGAAGUAUUGUUGGACAAUUAAGCUGUUUUCAAAAUGCCAUCAUUGCUUUACAGAAACAAGAAGAUGAAUGGCAGAGAGUUGAUUACCUGAUGGAAUUUGCUGAAUGCUUAUAUUGUAAUCAGUUUCCCCUCAAUGAUGCUAUUAAACCUCUGGAAUGGGCAGUAGAUCUCCUACUUCGUAUGAAAUUCCCUAUGCAAUCCUCACAAGAGGAAGGAAACAAUGCUAUACCAAAAUUGUUGCCUACAGAAGAUGCAAAGAUGGACAGUGGAGCAAGUGGUGCCAUGGCCCAAAUUAAUUUGGAAGAUUUGAGUAAUAUUAAACAACUGGAAGCUUUGUUUAGAGCACAGACAUUAACGGCUUUAUUUUUUGGUCACAGUUCUUCUUUUCAUCAGCAGCACUGUUUGAUGGCAUAUGCCUGUAUUGUCCGUAUCUGGCAGGUAUCAUUGUCAGCAUCAGGGAUUAUUACAAAAGCAUUCUCCCAGACUUCACAACCUACAAGUCCUCAGAAAGUGCUGUCAAAAACUGCUAAAAAAGACAAGGACAAAAAGAAAGAGAAACAAGUUGAAGUUUCUGUUGCAAAGGAGAAGCCUAAAGGGAAAGAAUCAUUUGAUACCUUACCAGCAAAUGUGGAAGAAUGGGCCCAGUAUGACUGUCCCAAUGAAAUCAGAGAUACUUUUAAACAGAAAACAAAUUGUUAUGGUAUUAACUGGGAUAAUUUCCCAAAACCUACUUGCACUUUGUAUUUUAUGGACCUUUUAUCUAAGGAACUACAGAAAAUUUUUUGCCCCCACUUGACUCUUCCAAUCUUUCAGCUAGCUGAAGUUAUUGCUAGUGAAGUUCUGGAAUGUAGAAGUCUGUCUGAUCUCUAUCACCUUCGAAUUGCCCUGAUAUGCUCAGAUUUAAAACUGAGUCAGGCGUCUCUGUAUCAUGAGAAAGCUGCUGGAGAAGUGUACAUCAGUGAAUUAGAACAAGCAAUGUGUAGGCAAGAGGUUGCACUGAAAAAAGAAAAAACUGUAUAUGUGAAGACAGAAGGAAGAAAAAUACCUUUUGAAAAUGCUCAUCUUCAUGGUAGUAGGAAUGAGACUAUCUUUACGUCAAGUGAAAAGGGUUUUGAAGUAAAUGCAGUAACAGGAAAAGGACUGAAUGCACUUUCUUUCCCCCGCUUGUGGAUUGAAAAAGCUGAAGUAUUAAUUCAGCUGGGCUUGUAUCAACCAGCAAGGCUUCUGCUUUCAGAGGCCCAUGCUGCAACUCAGGAACUGAGGGCCCUAUCUGAUGUGUCGAGGUGCUUGUACUUACUUGCUGUGUUGGCUAACCUGGAAAAAAACCACGGACAAGCUAAAGCACUCCUUGAGAAAGCACAGCUUCUGGGAGGAAACGAACAAUUUUGGUAUAACAGUACUCUUAGUCUAACAGAAGCAAUUCUAGAGGAAGACAGGGAAGGAAAACAGAGCAUGGCUUGUGAGAUACUGGAACAUACUGUAAAUGUGCUUCGGUCUACUUUACUGAAGAGACCUGGCAGGCAAUCAGAAUUGGGUUUUAUCAUUGCAUCCCUUGAAGCCAGAAAAACACUUAUUCAGAUACAUUUUGCCCAGGAUCAUAUGACAGUUAAUGCUAAUUCUGCUCAGUUGCCACACAUUCUACAGGAAUCCUACAAUAAAUUAGUUAAAGUUCAGAAGGACUUUUUUCAUCAAGGCCAUAAAUACUAUGGUGCUGAAAUACUGCUGGAAUGUGCAAAUAUUCACAGGAUGAUUGCCAAGAAGGAAAGGAACAAAAAAGACAAACACAGUCACUAUCUAGAUGCUUAUAACUUAGCUCAAAGAGCAGUAUCCAAAACAGAGGAAGUAUUUCAUAGCAUUUGUAGUUUAUUUGCAUUUAAUGAGAGCAAAAAUGUUAGUAUCCCAUUAAUGAGACAACUAGCUCUUAGAAAAAUAAAUCUUACAGAAAUUCUUUUGGAUAUUUUUCAUCUUGUCAUUACUGAGAAAAAGCAUAAAAAUGUGGGAGAAACAUCAUUUCAUGAAUUUGUGGAGGAAUUAAUCAUUGAAGAUGAUGCAAUAGAACAGGAUUGGAAGUAUAUGGAACGCACCAUGGCUCAUAUUACACUGGCUCAGUUAGCAAACAUACAGAAUCUUUGUAAAGGCUGCCCCAACAUCAAAUCCAAAUGCCUGUAUCUAACUGGAAAAACCCUUCAUUUACUUGCCAUUAAUGUGGAUCCUGUAUAUUCAGAGAUUUACUGGAAGCCAAAUAUUAUGGAAGAUGCUAAAUCAGACAUCAGAAAAUCUUCACUUACUUCAGCUGAAUGCAGUGAACAGAGCAUGACAGAGAAUGGUUUAUCGACUAAAAAAAGUCAUAAUGAUAAGUAUAGGAAGAAAAUACAGGAAUUAAAGACACAACAAAGGAUGGCUCAGAAGUAUCUUUCUCAAUCCAGUGAGGCUUUGUUACAGUCCAUGGCUGUUGCAUUCAGUCAUAAUGUUACCGAUGUACUGGCUCAUGCUAGUUUGGAAAUGGCUGAAUGCUUUCAACAGUUUGAUCCAAUUUCAACCAGCCAGUUUUUGUCACUUCAUCAGAGUUGUUCAGUGUCUAUGAUGAUGAAGAGUAUCCUUCUAACUGCAACAUCCAACACCAGCAGCUCUCAGCUGGCAGCAUUGCUGCAUCUUCAGAAUCAGUUAAAACAACACAGAAACACAAGUGAUCUUCUAAAAUGUGUGGAACAGCAACUGACUGCUAAUUCGAUGGCAUGGAGAAACCUCUGCAUUCCUGUUGAACAUUUUAAUAUAGUGGACGAAUUGCCGGCCAGUUUCUGCAUAGUUAUUCUCCAGCAUUCAGAAGACAGAUCACAGUUGUACAGUUCAUUGAUUAAGAUGCCCGAAGUAAGUACUGCACAGCAGAAAGGAAAACUCACUAAGCGAAGGGUGCAAGCAAAAGUCUCUCGAUUUCCUGUGAAUCCUGAUACGUUUCAUAUUUUGUUGGAAAAAAUGCGACUUUACAAGCAGCAAAAGAUGAAGAAUCAUCCUAAAAAACCUGUUAUUCAGAACUCGCAAGAGUGUGUCUCCAAAACAGAUGUGACUCCAACUGAGAAAAUAGAUGAUACUGAGCUUGAUUUGACAUCAGAUUUCUCUGAAAUAAUAGAAAUUAUGGAAGACUAUCUGAAACCAACACUGUCACAGUUUGAUUUUUCUGCUGUCAGAGCAUCCCAGUGUAUAUCAGUUUCCACAGCUGAAACAGGAAAAAAGAAAAUGAAAGAAACGGACACCAAACAAGCUGGAGUGCAGGAUACACCUGUGGAUUCAGGAUUGUGCGUGGUAUUACUAUGGGAUGCGUUAUUUAUGGAAUUGCCUUUGGAAGCUCUGAGUAUAUUUAAAGAGGAAGGAAUAAGUUCUGUUUCCAGAGAUUUUUCUCUCCAGCUUCUCUACAAUCGACUACAUUGGACUGAGUCAGAAACAGAAUUAAAAAAAAAAAUUGAAGUAUCUAAAGAAAAAUACACAAAAGCUCGUCAGAAAAAGAAUGCCCAAAUGGCACCAAUGAAUCGUGAACUACCUUCUGAUUGCUUGCCUGUUGAUACACGUAAUUUUAAAUAUAUUGUUGACCCCUAUAAUGAAGGAAGAGAAGCAGAAGGUUCAAGUCCUUCCCACAAAAUAAAGGAAAUCCUAGAAAAAUACCAUGACCUAUUUACACUGCAGUGGGAGGGUGUCAUUGGCAAUAUGUGUGCUCCAAGCCAAGCUAAAUGGGAGCAGCUGCUCACAAACUGUAGUGCAUUUCUGUUCUAUGGGAUGGAGAGAUUCAUGUCUCAUGUGUUGCUUAAUUGGUUGGCUGCUAUGAACAUCCCAAAAUGCCGUUUGGUGAUUCUUCUCGAUCUGGUACGAUCACAGCAAAGUUACCAAAGAAUUAAAAACUCUGAUACCCACAAAAGCUGUCUGCGUAUCGCUCUAGAGAGACCAACAGAGACAGCAAUGCUUCUGAGCCUUACAGGUGUUGGUUCUAUCAUAGCCCCCCAGUGGUACACGAGCUUGGAGGAGAAUGCAGAAAGGCUGGAGACCUUGUUUGAGAAUUUGCUGAGCUUUGGUAAAACGACUGGGCAGACAGUUCGUGUUCUUCAGAAAAGCAGAAGUCACAGGAAAAGGGAUUCCAUUGAAAUGGAUGCAGAUUCUCACAGCUCUCCUGGAGACAAAAUAGAAGAGCAGACUGUUUGCACUUCCUUGGAUCUUCCUGCAACUCAUCCAUCAUUUUUUAAUUGUGUGCUCUAUGGUUUACCCCACAUGAUUCUGAUGUAAUUUGUGUCAAUCUUUUCAUGCUGGGAAUACCUACACUGAUCUAAGGAGAGGUGAUAUUAAGAAGAUGUUCACAUUGUUGGUUUCUGUUUCAGAUGUUAACAGUUUGAUAUCAGAAUAAGUGUCAGGAAAAUAGAAUAUAUAGUUCAGAAAUUUCAGUUAGUACUCUAAGGGUUUUUUAACUUGGUGAAUCCUUAAAAAAUAUGGUAAAUACCAACAUAUGUUAAAGAAAAGUGGGCUAGUAUUUUUCAGCCUUGAUGCAUGAAUGAAAUUGGAAUGUAUCAGUGCUUCCAUUUGAAAAAAUGUUUCCAUGAUGUAUUUUAUUUUCACAUGGAUGAUUCACUAGGAAGAUAGCUAAAAGAUUUACCAAGCGACCUUAUGCUGAAUGAACUCAUUGUUUUAUAUGGAAGUACUUGUAGUUUAAUUAGAAAACAAGUUAGUGAUAAAUAAAAUGGUUAAUAAUUUUUGCUUUCUUCA